GCUUUUCACGCUUGUUCAUUUCAUCGCUAAUAUAAUUUACAUUUACACAUUUCGUUUAAACUAUUAUUGUAGUGUAUCAUUUGCUUGACACUAGAUUUAGAUUUAAAUUCACGAUUUCAUUUUAAUACUAAACUUUUAAAAUAACUCAUUCGCCGUCCAAUUAAACAUUGUAGAAACUUUUAUUUAAAAAAAAAUAUAUAUCGUGGGUAGUUUGAAAUAUAUAACACUCCUUAAGUACAGCUGUUUAUAAUUUUUGCUAUUAUACUUUAUUCAGGGAUUUAGAUUUUGCUUGGCAGUCUAUUGCUAUAAUUUUUUUGGCUGGGUCAACUUUUGCUUUUAGUUGCUUCAUUGCCUUUGGGAAGUAGAUAGUUGGUACUCAUAAUAAAGAUGCCUGAAGGCAAAGUAAAAGACUUAAUUAAAAGGAGGGCCUCAAUAAAGGCCAAAAUAACACAAUUCUCUACGUAUUUGGAUGUCCUACGGGGUUGUGAUUAUUUCAAUGAUGUGCAAUUCUCGGAACUCCAAGUACGUCUUGAGAAAUUCGAAACCUUAUACGGGGACUUCGACAGUUUUCAGAGUGAGAUCGAGAUGCUGUCAGACGCGCCGGAAGACCAUUAUAAGGAUCGUGAGUCCAUUGAGUCGCAGUACUACAAGCUUGUGGCUUCUGCGCGUACGCUGUUGGAUCAACGCAAAAAUAAUGACGGUAGGUCCGAGAGAUUCCAGCGUAUCGAGUACCUUAAGCAGCAUUUUUGGCAGCGAUUCUCCAAUGAGUACGUCGUGUGGCUACAACAAAAAAUGAAAUGGCCGACUCAAAAGGGAGACUUAAAAGAAGGUAUGAUGGUUGUCAUCAAGGAGAAGGGACUACCACCUCUUAUGUGGCUGCUCGGACGCAUUAUUCGUCUUUGUCCUGGACGAGAUGGAAUUACACGUGUGGCAGAUAUCUUAACCAAGAAAGGUGUUAUACGACGCGCUUACAACAACAUAUGCCCGCUACCAGUCAAUAUUUGAAGUUCUUCAACCCGGGGAGCAUGUUCGAAACAUAGCAACCCUAUUUUCCUCACCGCGGCGGAAGGGGGGGAGAGGCGUGAUGUGACAGAAUAAAACGACGUGCAUCGACGAAAAACACGAUCAUUGUCGGUCCCGUAAAACUGUAUUAACUUUGAUCCGAUUAUUAAA